AUGCGUAUCGCCAGGAGAAACGGUGCGGGUGACCCUUCAGUUAGGAUCUGGAGAAGCAAGAUGGGUGGAGCACCUAUUUACAGUUCCCUCCUCACGAAUGCAGGCGUCAGGGGAGAGGCGCUUUGUCGCCGGCUUCCCCUAGCCGGUCCCCUCACAGCUCGUCCGCUUACCCCUACCCGGUCCCCUCACAACUCGGGGGGGUCCCUGGGCGUUUUUCGUAAAUCAUUUGCGUUGUGUUGGAAUAUUGAAUAUAUGUUUGGCGUUGUUGGUAUUCCCAUCACUGAAAUUGCAAUUGCAGCCCAAGCAAUUGGAAUAAAAUAUAUAGGAAUGAGAAAUGAGCAAGCUGCCUGUUAUGCUGCCUCCGCUGUUGGAUAUUUGACUGGCAGACCAGGAGUAUGUCUUGUAGUGUCUGGUCCAGGUUUUUUGCACGCUCUUGGUGGGAUGGCAAAUGCAAGCAUGAACUGCUGGCCUUUGAUUGUUAUUGGAGGCUCUUCUGACAGGAAUCAGGAAACCAUGGGAGCUUUCCAAGAAUUUCCACAGGCUGUAAGGACCAGCAUAUAUGGUCGUCCAGGUUCCUGCUAUAUUGACAUACCUGGGGAUUUUGUAAAUCUUCAGGUGAAUAAGAGCUCUGUCAAAUACCUAGAAUGCUGCCUGCCCCCUCCCAUCAGCAUGGCUGAUAAAUCUGCUGUGUCCGAAGCAGUGUCUAUCAUGGCUCAUUCUGAGCAGCCUCUGUUAAUCAUCGGCAAAGGUGCUGCUUAUUCACAUGCUGAAAACAACAUCCGAAAGUUGGUGGACCUUUGUGGGCUGCCUUUUUUGCCUACACCGAUGGCAAAAGGAGUAGUUCCGGAUAACCAUCCAAACUGUGUAGCUGCAGCAAGAUCCAUGGCAUUACAACAUGCUGAUGUAAUCGUAUUGCUUGGUGCCAGGUUGAACUGGAUUUUGCACUUUGGCCUUCCACCAAGGUUUCGACCAGAUGUAAAAGUUAUUCAGAUUGAUAUUUGUGCAGAAGAGCUGGGGAAUAAUGUGAGGCCAGCUGCAAGUUUAUUAGGUGACAUAAGCACCGUGACUAAGCAGCUUUUAGAAGAAUUCAGCAAAAGACCAUGGAAAUAUCCUUCCAGUUCCCAGUGGUGGAAGAGGCUAAGAGAGAAAAUAAUGUACAAUGAAGAAAAAUCAAAGGGAUUAGAAUUACAGAAAUCGCUGCCUAUGAAUUAUUACACCGUUUUCCAUCACAUCAGAGAGCUGAUACCCAGGGACUGCAUUUUGGUAAGUGAGGGAGCAAACACCAUGGACAUUGGACGCACUAUGCUUCCGAACUAUCAUCCCCGUCAAAGACUUGAUGCAGGUACAUUUGGAACAAUGGGAGUUGGACUGGGUUUUGCUAUAGCAGCUGCAAUGGUAGCUAAAGAUCGAACACCUGAAAAACGAGUGAUCUGCAUAGAAGGAGAUAGUGCUUUUGGAUUUUCUGGCAUGGAAUUGGAAACUAUUUGCAGAUACAACUUGCCAGUCCUGAUUAUUGUAGUAAACAACAAUGGCAUUUACACUGGUUUGGAUACAGAUGCCUGGAAGGAGAUGUUGAAGUUUGGAGAGCCUGCUACGUGUAUGCCUCCUGUUUCUCUCCUGCCAAAUUCACACUAUGAGCAAAUUAUGUCUGCAUUUGGAGGUAAAGGAUACUUUGUUAAAACACCAGAAGAACUGCAGAAUGCGCUGAAAGCAAGUGUGGCUGACAAGCAAACACCUUCUCUUAUAAAUGUAAUGAUUGAUCCACAAUCUGAGAGAAAGAAACAGGAAUUUCCCUGGCUGACUCGUUCUAACAUGUAAUAGAAGUUGAAGAGAAUGGUGAUGCAAAGCAAUACAUGAAGCAAAACUAAACUGGCUUCCAGGAGUGGAACUGGUACAGCUGUAUUUCAUGUAAACAAUCGAACCAAUUAGGAUUUUAUAACUUAAUUUCAGCAUUUAAGGAUUACUCUGAUAUCAAUAAUUGUAAAAUGAACAGGAUACAUUUGAAUGUAUACCAGGCUUUCUAGCUGCACAGAAUUUUCCAAUUGCACAGAAACACAGAUGAUAAAAUUGCUUACUUUUUCAAAGUGCUACACGUCAAGAUUUUUGAAUUAAAAUCUUAGAUCUUGUGGAUGAAGUGACAAAGCUGAGGGGUUUAUACUGUUCUGAAACAUAAGUCUUUGGCACUCUGCAAUUAUAAUAGCUUCAUUUUUGAUUGACCAUCAUGCUAGUUGUUAGAGAGCUUGUCCUGUAAGGACCAAAACUGAGUAUCUGAUUGUGGGAGUGAUGAUUGGCCUCACUGUGCAUUGAAGCCACUUGAAAACAGUUACUUCAUAAUGUCACAGGUUACUUUCUCAGCUUCUGCUCCAGGAAAAGGGGCAGUGUAUCAAAAAUGCAAACUUUCUCAAAGACUGAAUUUCUGUUAAUUACAGUAAUUUUUUAUGAUCUGUUAACUGAGACUUGUGCUUGCAGGGGAAAAAAAAGUCUAAUUUUUUUCUUUAUUUAAAGUUUUACUCUUUGCAAAGAUAUUAUCACCCCUGUAGACUGAAAGUAGGACUGGCCUUAGUAAUGAGCUUUCCAGGAUUAAUAGAUUGUAAGUCUUUAUAAUCAGAGGCUUAAAAAAAGCGUUAGGCGGGAGCUCAAUGUUAGUUUGGCUGGCAUCUCAAAGCAACACCCAGCAUUCAGGCUACGUCUGACUAAUCAAGCAACAAAGGUUCUUCCAUAUAAUGCAUUUACUGUGUAGAAACUUGAAAUCAGAAAGAAAACUUGCACUGACUGUGAUGCAGAACUGGUAUAGAUUGGCCUGUCUGAGGUUAUAUCUGCUCCUGCAUUUUCAUCUGCCAUUGCAUUUGACGUUCUGACUUAGAGCUCUGAACUUAAAAGCAAAGCAGCUCUUUCUCAUUGCUUCUAUAAACGGUUUACAACUACUACUUUUCAGUGUACUACUAAGCAGGUUAUUUUUAUAUUUGUUGUUAAAUACACUGAAAGAUGUUUUGUUCUUACAUAUAUUUAAGGGAAAUCCUGGAUCUGGUUGGUUGAUCUUUAUUGCCAGUUAUUCCAAUGGCAUUGAGUGUGAAUUGUGGAAGACACUUGAAAGACCCAUGGAAGAGAAGGAUUGGGCUGGGAGGGGAUCCUGGGCUGCAGUUAGGUUUGGUGCAAAAAAACUGAGUUUAUGGGAGGUUCUUGCACUUGAGUCUGAGUCUGGCAGGAGGUCAUGAGUUCCUGUUAGGCAGGGGAAUGUGUCUGCACACUUGUGCAGAAGGACAAUAUCUGACAUGAGCAAGAGUACUGCGGUCUGACAGGAGGUAACGCUCCCUGCUAUAUGGGUGAGGGUAGUUAUGUGGCACUAUGAAUGUUUGAGCCAUUAAAAGUAAUAUCCAUAGGGAGGGGUAAGAAACGCAAAAAGAUAUAACCCACGUAAUGGAUCCAGUUCACAAACGAGUGCAAGACUGUGGAGCUGCUAUGUUCUGUGGGGUCCUCUACAAGGAAUGUAGAGUGGAAUUAUACAUUGGAUCUUGUCACAGAUUUUACUUGUUUCAUUCCUUUUAACUCUGAACAAAUUGAUGUUAAUAUGUUGGGGUGAUUAAACACAAUGUGCUCUGAUGAUAUAAAACGUCCAUAAGAGGUAAUGGUGGAACUAACCACAGGGGAGAUCAUUUGCUUUGGUUAAGCAAAUGCAGAAAUUCUUGUUUUAUACUUGAAAAUCAAUAAAAAGUGAUUCUCGUCCUCUA